GGAGGCGCUUGUGCGCGGCGGCUCCAUGGAUCGCUUUGCCUGGACUAGCGGCCUCUUGGAGAUCCACGAGAACCUCGUCACACAGCAGCGCGGGGUCCGCCUGUACGAUGGGGAGGAAAAGUUGAAGUUUGAUACUGGAGUAUUGCUCCUUAGUACACACAGAUUGAUCUGGAGAGAUCAGAAAAAUCAUGAAUGCUGUAUGGCUGUUCCUCUUUCCCAAAUUAUCUUCGUUGAAGAGCAAGCAGCAGGGAUAGGGAAAAGUGCAAAAAUAGUAGUUCAUCUUCAUCCAGUACCUCCCAGCAAGGAUCCUGGUCCUUUCCAGAGUAGUAAAUACUCAUAUAUCAAGCUUUCUUUCAAAGAACAUGGUCAGAUCGAGUUCUUCAGGAGGCUUUCUGAAGAAAUGUCUCAGCGCAGGUGGGAGAACAUGCCAGCUUCUCAAGCCAUAGAGGUUAACAGGGGUUCACAGAGUGGAAGACUAAGAGCUGCAGGGAUUGUUGGCAUUGAGAGGAAAUUGGAAGAAAGAAGAAAAGAGAUGGAUAAGAAUAUUUCUGAGGCUUUUGAAGACCUCAGCAAACUGAUGGAAAAGGCAAAGGAAAUGGUGGAGCUGUCGAAAUCAAUUGCUAGCAAGAUCAGAGAAAAGCAGGGUGACAUCACUGAAGAUGAGACAAUAAGAUUCAAAUCCUAUUUGUUGAGCAUGGGUAUUGCUAAUCCAGUUACCCGGGAAACCUAUGGAUCUGGCACUCAUUACCAUAUGCAACUGGCAAAACAAUUAGCUGGAAUUUUACAGGCACCUUUAGAGGAGCGGGGAGGUAUAAUGUCCCUCACAGAGGUUUACUGUCUGGUGAAUCGAGCUCGUGGCCUAGAGUUGCUUUCUCCUGAAGAUCUAGUAAAUGCUUGUAAGAUGCUGGAAUCACUAAAGUUACCUCUAAGGUUACGCAUAUUUGACAGUGGUGUUAUGGUGAUUGAACUCCUGUCACAUAAUGAAGAAGAAAUGGUGGCUUCUGCUUUAGAGACAGUCUCUGAGAAGGGAUCUCUUACUGCAGAAGAGUUUGCAAAACUUGUAGGAAUGUCUGUGCUUUUAGCCAAAGAAAGGUUGCUGUUAGCUGAAAAGAUGGGCCAACUUUGCAGAGAUGAUUCUGUAGAAGGCUUGCGAUUCUAUCCAAAUUUAUUUCUUACACAAAGCUGAUUAUUCAUUUGCUCUCUUUUUCUCUUAUUUAAAUAUGUUUGCUAGAUGCAGUCAGAAGAAAAGAAUGCAAGAUAUAUAUCCACUGAUAUCAUGGUUUUGCUAAGUUGUAAUGAUGCACCAGUGUUUUCGCUGGGGCAGGGAGGAAGGGAUUAGUAGUGUGUAGAAAGAGAAUAAUUACUCAUAAAAGCUUAUAGAAAUCAUGACCCUGAAGCCAUUUCAGGUCUUGAGGGCAAAUUGGCUGUGAAGACCUAUUUAAUAACUUUUUUUUUCAAGAAGGAAGGAAGAAAAUAAGUGAUUUAAAAAGGGGGGGGAUUAACUGUGGUCUAUUUUGCAAGGCCAGACAAAUCAACAAGCAGUCUAUUUAUUAAAUGUAGUCUCUCUAUUCCAUUUUUUGCCAUGGAUUUGCAUCCACAACUUGAAAUCAAUAGAAUAUUAACAGGAGGAAAAUCAUUCUGGGUCAGUCUAAUGCAAAAUAAUGUAAAUAAUGUAAUUUAUUCUGGAAAUGCCCAUAUUUUAGGAACAAAACUUCCAUCUUUACAUUUGCUUGUAAUUAUUUUCAAAGGAAGAAUGAACCUGUUACAAAAAAAAUGUUCUGUGUGUGGCUUUGUGCUGGAUGUUAAGACAAGGAGCAUUGUAAACUCAAAUUUCCUUCCUUCCAUUCUCUGAUUGUUGAUUCCACAAAGUUUCUAUUUUUGUCUUUUCUUUUGCAUAGCUGUGAAGGACAUUCUGCCAUGUGUCCUUCUAAGCCAAGCAGUGUUUUAUGUUUCAUAUUUAUGUUAAAAGAUAAAGAUGAAACAUUUGUCAGAGCACUCAUUCUUUGUCUUGGAAAAGGUUGCUGGUACUGUACCAGUUUUUAUAUGAAACAAACUCAUUUGAACAAGACGAGAACUCUUUGGUUUCACAACUAGUGUAUUCUUUUUUAGUAAGAUUAUAUCCUGUCAAAUACCAGUAAUCUCAUUGCCCUGCUAUUCAUGUAAGGUCUGUUUUCCCACCAGAUCCACAGUUCACACUUGGAAAGAAGAGGGUUUUGGCAUCAAGAGUGUCUAAAACACCCAUUAAUGCCAAACCAUGGUAUUAAAGUUGUCAGUGUAGCUACUUGUGUUCAUAGAAAUCCUUUGAAUUUUUACUCUGAUAUAAAUUAAAAUUCAAUUUAAAUUUAAAUUUGUAAACUAAAAUGCAAAUACAAGGAUUGUAGUUUGUUACAUAAAAUUUCUGACUGUAUGAUUGUAUUUCCAAUUGAAUCCACUGAGAUUUUAAAACCUAGAGAAUA